CAUUUGUACUUUAUUUUCCACUUCUCGCUUUAUUUACAUUUUGAACUUAUCUUAAAUUGAUACCAAAAGUGCCCUUUGAACCGACUUUACGCUUUACUGUUAUAAGUUACAAAAACGUACAACUUUAAAAUAGAUCGUGAAUAUUUAUAUCGACAUGGCGCUCAAUAAAUUAGUUGGAAGUGAUUGUGGUGGUAACAACUCCCUUGUUAAAUUGUCGAAUAUUGUCAGUCGGGAUGUUUCUCUUUCGCAACCAGUCUCACAAUCUGAUAGAUUGGUUAAUGAAUUCUUAGCACAAAAUACUCAAGUACCACAAACGUUUAAUAUGAAAACUUUGCUUAACAGUGUACCAGAAGUUGAGAGUUCAAAACAGCAUACUAUGCCCAACCUUACAACAAAUCAAAUGCGUACAGUCAAUUCCCAUAUACAUUCGCCUUGGCUACCAGGUCCAUCAUCAUCCUACAUGCCUCCAACAGGUAUGUUGCGUACAUUCCAGGCUCCUCUUCCAUCUGCAUCAAGACACCAAAUGUUACCAAAUGUCAGUAUUCAAUAUAUGGAUGAAUCUGAGUUUAAAAAUGUUGAGGACAGAGAUGUGCGAGCAAAAGCUCAAGAAUAUGUUGAAACAGUUGAUGAUGAACAAGCAUAUAAUCAAUUUAUGUCAUUUAUGAAGCGCAUAAGCGCUGGAGAGUUAAAUCUUGGAGAAUCUGAACAAGAUCAAAGAGCGUUGGGUAAAGACAAAAUAAUUGAUGAAAUGGCUGAAAAAUACAAAGAUGAAUGGGCUAAAUUGAGUGAUAUGACUGGUGAUUGGAAAUUAUCAAACAGCGAUGGAAUUCCAGAAGAAUAUACAUUUACAGAUGGCAAUGUCAUGUUAGAAAACAAAAGUGCAUUCGAACUUGGGAAAGAAAAAUUAAAAAUGGGAGAUAUACCGGGGGCAGUUCUAUGUUUUGAAGCUGCUGUGCAGCAACAACCCGAAUCUGCUGAAGCUUGGUAUUACUUAGGAACUACUCAAGCAGAGAAUGAGCAAGAUCCAUUGGCUAUUACAGCAUUGAAAAAAUCUCUUGCAAUUGAUCCCAGACAAUUAGAAGCUUACAUCACUUUAGCAGCAGCUUAUACUAAUGAAGAUAUGCCUAAAUUUGCAUUUAUUGCUUUAUCUAAUUGGUUGAAUGCAAGUCCGAAAUAUAGUGACCUAUUGCCCAGAGAUGUAGAAAUUCAGAAUUUAGAUUUAAAAGAAUUAGAGAAUCAUGUCAAAUCUUUGUAUUUAAGAGCAGCACAGUUGAAUCCCUCAGAAAUAGAUCCUGAUGUUCAAAAUGCACUUGGAGUCAUUUUUAAUAUUAGUCAGGAAUAUGAUAAAGCUGUAGAUUGUUUUAAAACAGCUUUGAUGGUGUCUAAUGAAAAUGCAAAGUUAUGGAACCGACUUGGUGCAACUCUGGCUAACAGUAAUAAAUCAGAAGAAGCAGUUAAUGCAUAUCAUGAAGCUCUUAAUUUAGAGCCAGGUUUUAUAAGAGCUAGAUAUAAUGUGGGUGUAACAUGCAUGAAUUUAGGUGCACAUAAACAAGCUGCUGAGCAUUUCCUUGUUGCCCUAAACCAACAGAAUAAAGCUAAGAACUUGCACCAAGACACUUCAGCAUCUAAUAUUGGAUCUUCAACCAUCUGGUCAACAUUAAGAAUGGUUUGUUCUUUCAUGGGAAAUCAUGAAGCAGCAAGUUUAGUUGAUGACAGGAAAUUGGAUGAACUCAAUAAACAAUUUGAAUUGGAUGCCUGAGGUGGUGAAUUACAAAUUAAAAUUUUUGAUUUGUUUAUAGGGGAAAAUACAUUUUUAAGAAUUUAAGUGACAACAAGGGUUAUAUUGAUUAUAGGGUUAUAAGGUGUUAAUUAAUAAGAAAUUCUUAUUAAA